AUGAUUCGGACUGGUACCUCUAAAAGUUCAACUAUCUCUCGAUCAAUAACGACUGGGAAAGGUACAAGCAGCUCAGAAAAACCCUCUAAGACGACCACAAUUAGCAAGUCCAGAAGUAGCACUUCAGAAACCAAAUCAAAAACCACCUCAAGCAGCAGUUCUGGAACUAGAGGUAUAACCACAAAUCCCACAUUUACAAGCGAUACUGUCACGGGUACAAUUACCUCUGCUCCAUCAGGAUUUAGUGCUCUAACACUUUCGGGCACCAAGUCUUAUACAGAAAAUGAUCGGGUUACUACAACAGGAUCAGACAGCUGCUCAACAUUAUUACCUCUUGUUAUCGUACGGGGGGGACGUGGUGUUGUUUUCUGGAAUUUACCACAAAUACCACAUGUUGAGUUUUCUUUGCCUGGGCUACCCAAGAUUCACUUGCCAUGUAUCAGAAUUUUUGGGGCUUCUAUUGGAUUGUAAAUCUCCUCCAAGUAGCGAUGGAGCUCCACCGGAUAAUGGUGAGCCAACUAGUAAGGGAACGAAAACAACGUCGGCCACAAAGACGUCGCAUUCUGCCACUACUACUAAGACAAGCUCAUCCUCCUCACGCUCCUCAUCAAGCUCUUCAGCAAGCUGUACUGUCACGAAGACUGCAUCUGAUUGUUUAAUUGUGUCAGUAAAACUUCUAGUGUCUCGGUAAGUGUUAUCAGCCUCAUAAGCUCACCCUUUUAAUCCCAAAUCAAAAUCAUAUUAUGAUUACGUCUUCUGCUUGUACUUGCCUGCUUCUUUGGAACUUAUCUUCUCUCUGAAAUAUGUAGUCAAUAUGAAAAUACUAAUUAUUUAAUUAUUUAGUGCGCUACAGCAUGUUCAUCAACAGUCACUGGCUGCUCGGUCCAAGGGACUACAACCACAACAAGGUGAGCACAAGUUACGCUUCCAGAUAUUAGGACCUGGAAUUUCAAUAUCACACGUCUUCUUUGUCUGCUCAUUCAACCUAGACGACAUUUAUCUCUCCUUUUAAAUAGUUACUAAUCACACCGGUGCUUAGUGUUACUUCGGUUUGUACUGCUACCGCGUGUAUCGGGGGUUGCAUUCCAGGGCCUACCCAAGGAAAAAACGUACCAUCAUAUACUACGCCUGAGCCCGUCACAACCGAUCUUGAUUUAAGGAGACAUAACAUAGCCGGUAGAGUUCCUCUCGACAAGCGCGGGGUAACAUCCGAUAUCCUUAGUCUCGGUGGCUGCACAAUGGCUAAAAGUCUCACUCAACCUGCUUGGCCUGCGAUUACUAAAGAUAUAAUGGGUCCUGAUGGCAAAGGAAAGUUGGUGGCGAGUUAUAAGUCCAUAUCCAGAUACGAUCGGGCUACUAAUAUUGGCUGUGUCUUUACUACUACGAGGUUAGAUGUAGCAGCGUUCACUAAUGCUCCUGCUUUUACGGAUUAUUCUGGGAAGGUGUAUAAGAAUAACAAUGAUGGUAGUCUUGAUCAUGCUUGUAAGUACAUGGUCCAGAGAAUGAGUUGUGCGUGACGAAUAAUCACUGACAAGAACGUUGUCCAGACGAGAAAGCUUGGCUAGAACAAUUUUUCGAUACUACUUUCAAAAAUCAAAUUGACGCUGGCAAGAUCAGUUGUUCCGAAAUUAAUCAAAUUUUCUUCCCUCCUGGCUGCACAAAAUUAUUACAACCCAUCUUCGAUGGACUUGCAAGCAAUGACAGCCUAGACUUUAUCAUCAUGUCCCAGUAUAUUAAUGGAUGGAAAUCCAUAUUCUUUCCUGAACCUGGAGCAAAAUUUUACCAAGAAUAUCUGACCUCGGACUGGUUGAUUCCAGCGACUGGUGGUGAUGCUGGUUGGAAAUGGCCUAGUGGACAUACUAGUACUCAAUUUUCGGCAAAAGAUGCUCUAGUCGUUAUGUUGGGUUAUUUUGAGAAAGUUCUUUAUGGUUCGCUAGAGAUGAAGGCGGCUAAUAUGUGGAUUUGAUUGAUAAAACGAAUAAUAAAAUUUAUGGGCAACUGUAAGUGAUUCAACUAAUGUACAUACCUAUCUCUAUUUACUGAUAAUCCGCUCAUAGAUUAAAUGCCCACGACAAAAUUAUCAAACAAGACAACAUAGCACCUUAUAAAUCCGCAUUCCCCGGUACAGACGGCAUCGCAUCAGCAUACAAAGAUUUCAUGACCAAAACAAUCCUUCCACAAAUCAACGCACCACCAAAAUAUCUCACAAAUUUAUGGAAAAAUAGGAUCAUGCCUGAUAUUGCCAAUGCGAAGAAACUUAAAGAUGUAGGCACCGAUUUAGCAAAUACUAAGAACCCAGGCAAACAUCUUCCCGAAUGGACAAAGAUUAAUAACCUCAUAACAGCGCAUGAAAGCCACUACAAUCCUGGUGGGACUUACUCUUGGGAUUAUAAGUUUGCUUUUACAUGGAAUGCCAUCCGCAAACGAAGUGAUGGACUAGAUGAACGACAAGAUUGCUCCGUCGAAGUUACCCCAACCCCAACAUUGAAACGUACCUCUUCCAGAACCAGCACCAGUAAACUCUCAGGAACAAGUAAACCAAGAUCUUCCACACAAAUAACCCCGACUCUAGAUACUUCAAUUAGUCGUUCUACAUCAUCUGCCAAUUCUCAAACACUUUCGUCGGCUAUUACUUCGAGUCCUUCAGCUUCCACUUCCCUCUUGUCUUCAUCUAUACCCAUCUCAAGCAGUAGCUCAAAAUCAUUGAGCUCUUCUACAUCUUCAAGUGCUCGUGCACUACCGAGCGAAUGUCCUUUGUGUUGUGAAUGCUUUGACGAUUCGAAUGGUGGUUGCAAUUGUUUGUGUUCAUAA